GUUUCGUGAGAGACGAGCAGCCGUGAAGUCCCCAUCCCUGCUUCCAUCCCGCUAAUCGGAUGAUUCGGCUCCCGAUGGCUCUCUAUACCUGGUCGCUCUGCAUCGCCCUGAUCCUCUGUCAGCUGUGUCAACAAGUCUCCUCGUCUCGUGUCGCGGUGGGGGAUCUGGUGAGCUGCUCACAACCGCCCGAGAACCUCGCUGAGGAGCCAAUCGACAUCAGGUGGAUAAGAACAGAUAUAGACGGUAUCCCUUGCUUGUCUUGGCCGCUGCAAUGAAUGGCAUUGCAUCGAUUGCAGUUGUUCUGUGAAGGUCCCUGAGGCGUUCAGGCAGCGCAUGCAGGCAAACCUCAGGGGCAAAGACACGCUCGGUGUAGUCUUGGCAAUGCGUCUCCUCCCAGAGGAGGAUUCCCCUCUUGAGGUGUCACUGCAGGAGGUAUGUAUUCCGAAGCGACCGACUAGAUCCAUCAUAAGACGUCUCCCUCAGGUGGAGGGGCUGGACGUGACAGAUGGUGAAUGCGUUUUGUAUAUCUAUCCGCACGAAUGCUACUUGGGGAGGUAUGUGCAUGACCGAGAACACAAGCUGUCAGCCCUUUUAUGUAUUAUUGUGUCUCUGUCCAGUCUGAAGAAGGCCGACAAGCUGAGUGGCAACACCCUUAUCGUCGGAAUGUUAUCAUGGAUUGACCACUUUUCGCCUGCCUACGGCUGCACAGAGGUGACAAUCUAUGACGCAAGCAGCAUCAAGGAGAUGUAUGUGCUCUCAAAAGCAGGUACGCGCAGAAGAUGCACAGGUUCUGACAUGCACAUCGAUAUGUUCAAUUCGUCGGCAUGUGCAUGUCAGGCUUCUACUAUCAAUCCUUUGGCUUCCAGCAUGCCCCUCCGGCGGACCAAGACAAAAAAGGAAGCUGCAAGAAGAUGACCAUCUCUCUUUUUGACAGGAAGGCGGACAUUCUUCCAACCGCCGAAUUCAAUCUCGUCGUCAAUCUCGUCAAGAGCAUCCGCAGGAGCGCCUGGAUGCACGAGAAGAAGAAGAAGAGGGGCGCGUUCGACCAGAACCAGAAGGUCCUCGACAUCGACAUUAAUGAUGGCGCCGCCACACUCGAGCCAGUGGCAGUCGAGCACCUCCGCCGCAGAACGGUCACAAGCGUAGAGCAGGAGAGCGGCUUCAAGAAGGAGAUGACGGGCUGGCUGCGCACAGUGUUCGUCGUCCUCAAGGCUUGGCCGGAACUCGAAAAGAUGACUCGUGAGUGCGUGGCGAAGCAAGAGAGGAUUGCUGACGGCCCGCAAAACCCCCAAGCCGAUCUUCUGCUGCCCCAUCUGGCCCCAUCAGUGACCAUCGACCGCAGCUACCCCCCAGGCAGCACGGCCCACCAGGUCAUUACAUGGACUCAGUACGCGCUCAGCUGCCUUGAUUGAUGGUACAGGUGUGUGUCUCUCUCCUGGUGUGUGUGUCACCAAACAGAUCAUGUGUCUCAUUCAGUCAGCCGGUCUGGUGCUCGUGAAGAGCGGAGACAAAGAGGUGCUCCGGAAAGAGAUGGGGAGAAAGCCGUCCCUCAACCUGCUCAAAUUCAGCCUCCCUGACGAUGCGCAGCGAUGCCUACGCGUCAAUGAUGGUGUGCGGCAGCUGAACGACACACAUGCCUACAGCCUGGUGGAAGAGUUUGCCCCGGAGCUCCUGCAGGAGAACGGGGAGAGGCAAAGAAGCGAAGAGGCACAAGAGGAGGAAGCAAAAGAAGCGAAGAGGCAAAAGAAGAAGAAGCAGAAGACGGAUGACACUCAAGAGGCACAUUAAUAUCAAUUGUAGCAACCAUGAGACACGAAUCAUCCGGGCCACCUGCCUCUUCGUGUGGGUUGAGGGCUGACCCUUCAUGACUGACCCGCAGUGACGGAGCAACGGCAAUUAAUGCGUUUCUUCGAGACAUAAAACGGAGCGACCUCUAAGGCUUUUCAGACAAGUACACUUAUGAC